AUGGCACAAGCGACUACAGUUCAAAGUACGCAUCCAACUCCCGUUAGCCAAUUAGCAGAGCUUCGGAAGCGACAGCCGUCCCUAGGAAGCAUCCCCUUACAGUGGUAUUCUUGUCUUGUCUGUCGCUCCCGCAAGGUGAAAUGCGACGGAACUGUUCCGGGCUGUCAGAACUGCGAGACCCUGGGCGUUGAUUGCCCCGGUUACCAUCCGGGUACAGAGACCCAGAAGAGACUCGAGGCUGAUACGUUGGAAACUGUCUAUCGUGCUUCGGGUGUUGAGAAACGACGGGUUGGUUCGUGCGAGGCUUGCCGAAGAGCCAAAGGCCGUUGUGAUAAGGCUCGGCCAGCCUGCUCGAGAUGUCUCCAGCGGAGUCUGGCUUGUCAUUAUCCCCAAAGGCAUAGGGCUACCGUCACUACUGGAUCGAAUGCUUCUACAGAGAGUCCCCGGCGCGAUGAGCCGAGACCUGAUGUAGCUGACAUCUCGCCGGGUACAACAUUUGAGCCCCGACCUUCAAUGUCUCCAUUGGAACCAAGUGUCCGGAUACAGAACAAGUCCCUUCCGUGGGAUAUCCAGACUCUGAAAACGGUAACUGGCGUUUAUUUUAACAGAGUGGCUACUCUGAGAUGCCUUGACUUUCUUCACAAACCUUCGUUCAAUCAUUCACUUGACAAAGGGUCUUUGGUAGAAGACUAUGGCGAGGCAAUUCUCUAUGCGAUAUGCGCCCACGGACUUCGCAUUAAAGAACUCGAAGGCAGGUCAAAUUACAAUAUCCAGCAUGUCACCUCGGAUGUCCCUGGACACUUAUGGGCUGAAGAAUCACAGGCUCUUGUAAUGAGAGAGAUAUGCAAGCCAACACUAAUGACAGCCAUGACCCUUGUUCUUCUUUGCGACUUUGCCCUCCAAACUGGUCAAGACGCUCUAGCCUUCAUGCUCUGCGGAUGCUGCCACAGCGCCGCUCGACUUCUCGCCCUCGAUCGCCCAGCCCUUCCUAGCAAUAAUGGAGAAAGCCCUCAGGAUAGUAUUCUGAUAGAAGCUCGAAGAAGGGUUCUCUGGUCAUGUUUCAUCCUGGACAGCAUCGUCGGGAGCGGUGUGAAUGAGAACCUGAGGUGGCGGGAUGAGGCACCUCAGAUCCCUCUCCCAAACUCAGAUCAAUCCUUUCUUUUUCAAUUUUCUACUCCAGAGGCCCCUUUAUUUCUACCUCGAGGUUCUGACAUGCUCCCUUCCAGUGAAGAGCUGCAGAGAUACAACUUGCGUUCUAAUCUCAUUUACUUGAUGAGCAUGAGAACCAGGGUCCUGCGGCUUAUCCGCACCAAUCCGGAUGAUGUAGAAAUUUCUGGUGCUCAAUCUCCGUUCAUGCAGACCCUUCGUGCUCUGGAAGCCUGGGACAACAAUAUCUCAACACAGCUUCAACUGACAGAGUUCAGCAUAUACGUACACAAGGAACUGAACACACUGGAAUCACUCUUCUAUCUUCAUCUCUCCUACCACAUUCUUAUCUGCGAUCUAACACGGAUAUCCAUCCCCGGCUUCGCCUUUCCACUCGCUGCAGCAUUCCAAGCCGCUCCCCGACCAUUUAUCUCGCACUGUCAAGACGUCUGCCAACAUCAUGCUAUCCAAGUAACGAAGAUUCUACGAAUGAUGGCUCAGCAUCUGAAUCCUUUGUUCGCUGAGUCUACGACUUACGCUGCGACUUAUGAAGCGACCAAGAUCAUGAUUGUGUAUGCUGCCUCACUGGGUGAGAGUAACCCUGAUAUACAGAUGCAGCUCAAGGAAGACAUCAUGUUCAAUAUGAAGGUGCUAAGUGGGCAAACCCGUGGAACUCUACCAACACGAGCAUGUCGCGCCCUCAGGCGUCUCCUCCGUCGAUUCGGAUUCAACGACAUUGCAAACAAUGGCCGUGCCACUCCGCCAUCACCUUAUAGGCGCCCAGAAGAUGAUGCAGGAGAAGUCAGUGGUCCUCCCGAAGCCUUUUACCUUUCAGAUCUCGCUCCUUUCCGUCGCGCAUAUGACGAUGUCAAUCAAAACCGGAACAGACGUGAGAGUGCAGCUGGGUCAUUUGCGAGUUCUUCUCAAAACUUGACACAGAAUGCGCCUGUUCUAAGACCAUGGAAUCAUCAAGUAGCCCAACCAUUAAACGCGUCUGUGAUGCCGAGCAAUGAGGUCAACCCCAUGGAAGACUACACACAGGUUGCAGGGGAUAUGUCCAACGAAAUCACCUGGGACUUGUUCUCUCUGCCGGAUUGGGUAUUUCAGCAGCAUGAUAUGGACUUUGGUGCAUAAAGUAAUAUCUGUCUAAACAGAACUUGGAGUCAAGAUUUAAAUUAC